AUGCCGCUCUGUGGAGGGUCAAAGACCGUGCAGCGCAAGCUGGUCCUUCUUGGCGAUGGUGCGUGCGGAAAGACUUCGUUGCUGAAUGUCUUUACGAGAGGCUACUUUCCGACCGUCUAUGAGCCCACAGUCUUCGAGAACUACGUACACGAUAUCUUCGUCGAUAAUAUUCACAUCGAGCUUUCUCUCUGGGAUACGGCUGGACAAGAAGAAUUCGACCGGUUACGAAGUCUCUCAUAUGACAACACAGAUGUCGUCGUCCUUUGCUUCAGUGUCGACAGCAAGGAUUCGCUAGAAAACGUGGAGAGCAAAUGGGUCGGCGAGAUACAAGAGAACUGCCCUGGAGUGAAGCUGGUCCUGGUGGCGCUCAAGUGCGAUCUGCGAGAGAACGAGGCGGAGGAAGAUGAUGCUGCCGCCCCCGCCGCACCCCCUACCACCACCAAUGCCGACAGCGCGCAACGCGAGAAGAAGCCUACCAUUGGCUACGACCAAGGGCUGGAAGUCGCACGGCGCAUCAAGGCCCUGCGGUACCUAGAAUGCUCCGCCAUGAGAAACCGUGGUGUAAACGAGGCAUUCACGGAAGCCGCAAGGGUAGCCCUCAGCGUCAAGUCUGCUGGGGACAACGACUCGAAAUGCUCCGUCAUGUGA